AUGGCGUCAGCGAAAGCGGGAAGAGAAUCACCAGUUGAGUCCACUCCAGCGGUUGAUAGCUAUUUGCAUCUUCAUGUUGGCGGAUUGGAGAAGCCAGCCUGCAGUCCUGUUUGCGAGACGGGUGUUGCGCAAGAGGGGACUCUUGCCGGUGACGCCGUUACUUCCGAUGCCAUGACAGCUGCCCUCGAAACCAUGGUGUUGGCUUCGGACACCGACCUCUUAGCGCAGUUAAUGAUGCCUAGGAGCAAGAAGCAUUUGCAGAUUCAUCAGAAAGCUGUGCAUUUUUUGGUGGAAUACCGUCUCCGACAGUGGAUAUGCGAGCAAAAUCUGAUGGCCCGGCUUCCGCCGUCCAUAUCCGAGGCGGCAGAGAUGUAUGUGACCUUAUGCUUUCACUUAUGCCCCGAUCACCCGCGCGCCGCACGCAUGCAGAGGGCGCUGGAAGAUGGCGCCGUGCAGCACUCGGCUGGUCGCUACUUCCGGCGGUGGGCGAAGAAGUUCCAGUACGAAUGGGGCUUCAAGCUCGGGCAGCUGCGGCCGGCGUCGCACCUCUCGUCCGAGGACAUCAAGCAGAAGGCUCCGGCUUCGGUGUCCCAAGCUCCUGCAACAGUGUCCUUGUCAUGCAUCCUGUCGACCCCGUGUGAUCCAAACCCGAGGCCACAUUUGGCUUCAAAAAAACAGUCAAUCUGCCUUUCCUGGCGCAAGCCCGAGCCCAAAUUUAGACUCGUAAAUUGUUCCCAUAUUUGGCUUCGUUCGCUUCCCUUUUUGGUUGGCAGGUGCAGCUGUGUUGGCAAAGGUGCCGGCACUUGA